UAUAAAUAAAUAUUUUCCUUCUCAUUAUUUCUAAUUGAAUGGUUCAUUAUUCAAGAUGGGUGAAGAUAAGCCAACAGAAGUCGCAGCUGGAGAAGAAUUAUCUAAGAAAGCUCUUAAGAAACAACAGAAGGAAGCUGAGAAAGCAGCAAAAAAAGCUGAACGUAAAGCUCAAGUUCAAAUGCAACAAGAUGCAGUAGAACAAGAGGAUGUAUCGGUUGGCAAAUAUGGACAAUUAACUAUGAUACAAAGCGAUGAAGCGCAUAAGGAAAGAAAUUUUGUUCAUGUGAAGGAAUUAAAUAAAAAAUUCGAAAAUCAAACUAUAUGGUUAAGAGGCCGCUUGCAUACAAGUAGAGCUAAAGGCAAGCAAUGUUUUAUUGUAUUAAGACAGCAGUCUUAUACAGUACAAGGAUUAGCUGCGGUGAAUGAACAAAUUAGCAAACAAAUGAUUAAAUUUAUAUCAAAUAUAACAAAGGAAUCUAUAAUAGAUGUUGAAGCUAUUAUAAAAACAGUACCCGCUGUGAUUGAAUCUUGUACACAAAAAGAUGUAGAAGUACACAUCCAAAGAAUUUUUGUAGUAAGUGCUGCAAAACCGCAGUUACCACUUCAAAUUGAAGAUGCUGCUAGAGUCGUUAAUGAAUUUGACGAUACAGGAUUGAAUAUAAAAGUUAAUCAAGAUACCAGAUUAGACAAUAGAAUUUUGGAUUUACGUACUCCUGCUAAUCAAGCUAUAUUUAGAGUGGAAGCUGCAGUAUGUAAACUUUUUCGAGAUAUUUUAACAGCCAAGGGUUUUGUUGAAAUACAUACACCUAAAAUUAUUUCUGCAGCUAGUGAAGGUGGUGCAAAUGUAUUUACUGUAUCCUAUUUUAAAGGAAAUGCAUAUUUAGCUCAAUCACCACAACUUUACAAACAAAUGGCUAUAGCAGCAGACUUUGAUAAAGUUUUUACCGUUGGUGCAGUUUUUAGAGCCGAGGAUUCUAAUACUUAUAGACACUUGACAGAAUUUGUUGGUCUUGAUUUAGAAAUGGCAUUUAAAUAUCAUUAUCAUGAAGUUGUUGAUACCAUUGGUCAAAUGUUUACAGAAUUAUUCAAAGGCUUGCGCGACAAUUAUGCCAACGAAAUAGCAGCUGUUCAUCAGCAAUACGCAGUAGAACCAUUUAAAUUCUUAGAUCCACCCUUGAAAUUAGAAUUUCCCCAAGCAAUUGAAUUGUUGGCAGAAGCAGGUGUAAUUUUAGGAGAAGAGGAUGAUUUAUCAACACCAGAUGAAAAAUUAUUGGGAAAAUUAGUAAAAGCUAAAUAUGACACAGAUUUUUAUAUUUUGGAUAAAUAUCCUUUGGCAAUAAGACCAUUCUACACUAUGCCUGAUCCAAAUAAUCCUAAAGCAUCAAAUUCUUAUGACAUGUUUAUGCGUGGCGAAGAAAUUAUAUCCGGUGCUCAACGUAUUCAUGACCCAGACUUUUUAACAGAACGUGCCAAGCAUCAUGGUAUUGAUAUUGAAAAAAUUAAAUCAUACAUCGAUGCAUUUCGAUAUGGGUGUCCUCCUCAUGCCGGUGGCGGUAUCGGUUUGGAACGUGUGGUGAUGUUAUAUCUUGGUCUGGAUAAUAUUCGAAAAACUUCCAUGUUUCCACGUGAUCCUAAACGUCUUACACCAUAGAUAUUUUACGCAUACUAUAUUUACUAAAUAUGUAUAGCGAUAAUAUUGCUUUGUAUGUUGACAUUUUUAAAGUCUUUAUAAUAUAAAAAGAAGAAAAAACCAAAGUGAAUUUAU